GAGACACACAUGUACUCCGUAUACUUGGAUAAUUUCUACUCUAAUUGCUACUGCUGGUUUUUGAAACAGUAUUCGAAAUGCACAAUUAAUCAAUAUUUGUUACAGUGAAUCCAGUGCCUCUAUUCCCCCAAAGCCGAGACGAUACAACCCGUGCAGAAAUUAGAACAAUGCCUGCCUUUCGAUACUCUGAAGCGGCGACGCCGUGUCCUGCAAACUGGAAGCACUCCAGGCCUUCGUUCGAUAUAUACGAUGACAACGACGACACUGUUCCGCUCGAAUUUACUACAGAUCUUCGUUCUGUUUCUACGUCAAUACAGCAGCAACCGCGAAGGGUAAAAAGGGCAGCAACAUUUAAAAUACAUGAAGACGGCCCCGGCGGUAAAGCUAGUGGACUUCCAACGGCGGCAUGGCGGAAGACCACGGUAGGGAGAGGCGGCUCUUCGAUGUUGAGUCAACCAGCUCAGAGAUUACCGACAAAGCAGAAGGUUAGGCUUGCCGUUAGCCAAUCACCAAGAGGCGAUGAAAAGAAAACGGGAGGAGAGCGGCAGUCCUUGGUGCCGAAACAGCAAGCUUCUUCUCAGGUUAAGAAGCCCGUCUCCCAUGACGGCCAAGAUAAGGAGGUGGGAAAAAUAGAUCCAUUGAAAAGAGAUCGGAGGAGACAGACGAUAUACAUACCACCUGAGGAUACAACUAUGCCAAGCAUGUUCAUGAGCAUCUUUAGCCCUUUGAAAGUGGACAUUGGCCAAGAAGACGAAGUCGAUGCCUUUGAGGCACGAAUUGCUAAGAGACGCAACCGAAAGAACUCGCCACCAAGAGAGCCUCAAAGAGCACCGUUGCAACAACCGUUGCACGUUGCGCAGGAAUCUGCCAUAAAGCAAGAUAUUGCAGGGUCAAACACUGGAAAAGAAAAUGUCCCUCCCGGGCUAUCACCGUGCGCCGAGUCCGGCUUCGAUGUUUUUGAUCUGUCGGACUUCAAACCACUUUCCGUUGAAAAGUUUGGAAAGAAGUCGCUAUCUAAUGUAACAGCGGGGAACCUAGAUCCACCCCCACAGAAGAAGGCAAUUGAGAGAGAUAACAGGGUCUUGCGACCAAGUUGCCCAAACAGUCCCAGAACUCAGAUAUCGACUGGAAAGGCUACAAAAUUGGGCGAUAAACCUUUCGAAGAGGUUCCCAAAAAACGAAACGGCAAGCAUAUGAGCGGUAUGGGUUCAGUGAGAAAGGCCUCGACCGAUCCGGGUAAAAUUUCAAGAAAAUCCUCUUCAAAACAACAAGUUAAGGAAAGGCCACCGGUAAAGAUUGCAGUCCCUCGCAUUUUGAGCUUGGAUAUUGCGCAAAAAUACCCAAUAAUUUCGGAGGACAUAUCAAAUCCAUAUAUGUAUGAGGAGAACUGGCUUGCUCAUCAGGAGAUCGUGCUCACCCAGCUCGCAAAUGCUCUUUUCGACUCGGGCCAUUGUGCUGCAAUUGCACAGGACGCUCAAAGCUUGCGCCAUGAACUUCUUGAACAUUAUCAGGAUGCGUAUUUUUCUUUGCUUUACAAACGCGUACAGGCUUCCUUGCUGUACGGAGCCCUGCGUAUUCCAAAGGAUAUCCUGAGCCGUGGGAAUCGCCUCAGAGAAGACAUAGGCAUGCGCCGGAAAUUUUUAAACCUCUGGCUUAGCACAUAUGAUUUAUCUGCUCUUCGAGCAGCUGCAGAGACGGUUAUAGGAAGAAGGAUCUCUAUUCCAGUCGACUCCCCAGCUCAACCGAAAGCAUCAUCACAGAAAAUACUCCGGCGAUCAAUGGAGAAAUUUCUAGACACGUUCCUUAUCAAGAACGAGGAUUCAAACCCCAUUGCACGGUCUGCGAAAUCUAAGGAGAACGAUGUGGAAGGGUCGCCCUUUUGCAAAACUUUGCUAAGGAGCAUUAUGAUUAUUCUACUCCUUGACAAGGCACGGAUUGCACCAGGGACUUAUUUGCCUCAAUGCCUGUUCGUUACUUCUUCAGAGUAUAAAUCAUCCGCGGCCUUGCUUCGGGCCCUGGGCAGCUUACUCCUUCCGACUGUGGGAGACAUUGGACGAGCACUAAGCCAUUUAGACUUCCAGGUCAGUUAUGAACAAUGCCGUCUUCAAGAACACCACUAUCGAAUUAAGAACCUUGCCGUUGAUCUUCGAGAUGGGAUCCUUCUGACCAGGCUGGUCGAGUUGCUGCUAUUCCAAUUAGCUUCGGGUUGGAGUCAACAACAGAAAUCAGAAAACACCACCACAGUUACCAUGCCGACAGGGCAGGUUUUGUCUUUAUUGCAAAGCGGAAACGAAUGGCCGUUAUCUCAACAUUUAAAAAUUCCCUGCGUCAGCAGAGCAUCGAAGAUUUUCAAUGUCCAGAUUGCUCUGAGCGCGCUCUCUGGAAUCCGCGGCGUAGGUGUCAUCGUGAAAGAUAUUCGCCCCGAAGAUAUUGUGGACGGAUAUCGUGAGAAAACGAUUGCGCUACUAUGGGGCCUUGUAGGUAAAUGGGGCCUGCACGGCCUUCUUGACUGGGAAGACUUGAAAAGGGAAAUAUCUCGCCUCAAGACGAAGCUCAGUCAAAUGCAACAUGAUAAUCACGCCACCAGAGAAGAGGAGCAAGAAGAAUUCGACAAUGAACACGAAAGGGAAACAUUUCUCUUAAGAAGUUGGGCAUCAUGUCUCGCAGGCCUCAAAGGGCUCCGCCUUGACAAUAUGACAACAAGUUUUGCCGAUGGGAAGAUAUUUGAAAGCAUUGUGGACGAGUAUGAAGUUCUUAUCAAUCAUGAGAGUACCAUGGCAGAAGAUAUGGUCGAAGGACAGGAAGGCCAGAAAUUCUCUUUGGCACAGAGACUUCAUAGAUUGGGCUGCAGUGCCCAGUUUGCGUCUCUGGUAGCUCCUUCAGAUUUCUCGCCAAUGCAUGUAUUCGAUAAGGAUUUCACGCUUGGAGCCCUGGCAUUUCUAUGCUCUCGCUUUCUAUCUGCGUCGAAACGCGUUAGAGCAACUCUUGUCAUUCAGUCUGCUUGGAGAAGUGUACUGAGCCAGCGAAAGAACUGA